GAGAAAUUGAAAAUAUUGAUAGGAAAAAGCAAUUGGAUCUCACAAGGAAUGUGGAUAAACGUAAAUCGUGUGUAGGUGGCUGGUAUCAUGACGCCGUUUUAACCAUGAAAGUCGGAAAUAAGGAUUUUCAAAUAGCGUUUGGAGAGGUAAUUGGGAAUGCAUUUAAACAAGAUGACAAAAAGUUGAGUGAGGACCGAGAGAAAAUACUAAAAGCCAUGCGGUUAGCCCUUUCAAACCUUCGGAAAAUAUUGCCCAAAAAUGUGCCAGGUGUCGAAGAAUUGGAAACUUUCGGAUUACUUGUGUACAAAAAAGAGUUCUUUCUUUAUUCAAUGCAUUGUGUGAAUGGAAUUUAUUUCGUUGAUCAAUGCGAUGGAUUCAUAAUUCCUGAUACACCAUUACAAUUAGGGAAUAUAUCCGAUAUCAUUCGCAUAAUGUUCAUGUUUAAGAAUCGUGUUAUAAAACUCCAACAUCAUGUGGAAUCCUUGCAUAAAUCCAAAAACAGGUUUAAACGUGAUAGUACUCUUCAUAAACAUGAAGACGAUUCUACUAUUCUUGCGUCUAUCAAUUAA